AAAAGGAGGUGGUUGUCUGAAUCGGAAGCGAAGUGAAGAGCGGAAAUGAAGGCCAUUGUGAUAAGCAGUCCGGGGGGUCCCGAAGUGCUGCAGCUUCGAGAAGUUGAAGAUCCCCAACUCCGAGACGACGAGGUUCUCAUCCAAGUCCACGCCACAGCCCUUAACAGAGCCGACACCUUUCAGAGGAAAGGCUCCUAUUCUCCCCCUAAGGGCGCCAGCCCUUACCUAGGUCUCGAAUGUUCUGGAACUGUCCUAUCUGUUGGUCUUCAUGUUUCCAGAUGGAAAAUCGGCGAUCAGGUCUGUGCUCUUCUCGCCGGAGGAGGAUAUGCCCAGAAAGUUGCCGUUCCCGCCGUCCAACUACUUCCUCUUCCUCCCGGUCUUUCCCUCACCGAUGCUGCUACUUUUCCUGAGGUCGCCUGUACUGUAUGGUCUACUGUUUUCAUGACCAGUCGCUUAUCUCAAGGGGAAUCUUUCUUGAUUCAUGGAGGUUCCAGUGGAAUCGGUACAUUUGCAAUUCAGAUAGCCAAGUAUCGAGGAGCUCGAGUGUUUGUGACUGCAGGAAGUGAGGAGAAGCUGGCUUUUUGCAAGAGUAUCGGGGCUGAUGUGUGCAUCAAUUACAAAACACAAGACUUUGUUGAGAGGGUAAAGGAAGAAACGGGUGGUCAAGGUGUUGAUGUUAUUCUUGAUUGUAUGGGAGCUUCCUACUAUCAAAGAAAUCUUGAUAGCUUGAAUUUUGAUGGAAGGCUUUUUAUUAUUGGCUUUCAAGGUGGGGUUACUACACAAGUAGAUCUCCGCCCUUUACUUGCCAAGCGCCUUACAGUACAAGGGGCUGCCCUACGUAGUAGAAGUGUUGAAAAUAAAGCCGUGAUUGUUAGUGAAGUGGAAAAGAAUGUUUGGCCUGCAAUUGCCGAAGGAAAGGUUAAGCCUGUGAUCUAUAAAUCUUUCCCUCUUUCCGAGGCAGCGGAGGCUCACCGGCUUAUGGAAAGCAGCCAGCAUAUUGGAAAGAUAUUGCUUGUGCCAUGAACAUUGUGAUAAAUACUGAAGUUCGUGACAUACAUUUGGAUCCUAUGUGUUUGGACAUCUUUGUUUAUUACGAUCUCAGGUUUGUAAUAAGGUUGCGUGCGGUUUAAAAUUACAGCUAAGGAAUUGAUAUGGCAUGCAACAAUCAUAUCGUAUGUGGCAAAUUGGCAAUUGAUAUGACAAGAAGUGAAUUGUUGAAAGAAACUCUUUUUCGAUCU